CUAUUCUGAUUUGUUGGCUUCUUUCAUCAGAUAUUUUACUUAUAUCAGCAUGGAGAAGCUUUCUCGAACUAUAGAAGCCAAAGAUAUCUCUGACGAUAAAAAUGAGAGCCCAGACACCAUCGACGCGGACAAGCCAAAAUCAAGCUUGGCCCUCUCAACUCACAAGUUAUAUCAUCUACUCUCUCGUAUCCCUCCUCUGGAAGGUUCAGAUGGCAAAUCAGAAUAUGAUAUGUGGAAUGGUGCAGGUAUAUUUGCUGGGAAAGAGAAUGACAAAGGACAUAGCGGAAAGCAAUGCAAGGAUGAAUCCUCUAAUAUCAAGGUUUUAUCUCCAGCCAAUAUUGCAAAAAAGAUGAAACUGAAAUUUACUAAAGCCUGGAUAUCAUUCCUUAGAUUACCACUUCCUAUUGAUGUUUACAAAGAGGUUCUGGUGAACCUUCAUCAAGUAGUUAUUCCGUAUCUGUCUAAUCCUCUCAUGUUGUGUGAUUUCUUAACACGGUCAUAUGAUAUUGGAGGGGUAGUCAGUGUGAUGGCUCUUAGCAGCUUGUUUGUUCUCAUGACACAACAUGGUCUUGAAUACCCCAACUUCUAUGAAAAGCUUUAUGCUUUAUUGGAACCCUCCAUUUUUAUGGCAAAGCAUAGGGCUAAGUUCUUUCAGCUUCUUGAUUCGUGCCUGAGAUCACCACUUCUUCCUGCAUAUUUGGCGGCUGCAUUUUGUAAAAAACUCAGUCGGCUUUCGCUCGCUGUCCCUCCUUCAGGAGCAUUAGUCAUUGUUGCUCUAAUUCAUAAUCUCUUAAGGAGACAUCCUUCAAUAAAUUGCUUGGUGCACCAGGAGGAUGGUGAUGAGACUACGAAAGACAUUACAGAAGCAGAGAGGGAGACUGAUGACAGCAUCGAGGACUCCAGUGCCAGCAGAGAAAUAUCAAACAUCAAUCCUGGCAUUGAUCUUUUUGAUGACAAGCAGACUGAUCCGUUGAAGGCUAACGCAAUGAGGAGCUCUCUAUGGGAGGUUGACACUCUCCGUCGUCACUACUGCCCGCCGGUUUCAAGAUUUGUUUUAUCCCUUGAGAAUGAUUUGACGAUCAGAGCUAAAACUACUGAAGUGGCAGUCAAAGAUUUUAGUUCUGGUUCAUAUGCGACGAUUUUUGGUGACGAGAUUAGGAGACGAGUUAAACAGGUUCCCCUUGCGUUCUACACAGCAACUCCAGCUAAGUUAUUUUCGGAGUCAGAUUUUCCGGGUUGGACUUUCAAAUUGAAGGAUGAGGAUAAUACUGCAGUGCUGGACAACACAUCAAAAGAAAAUGGUCAUAUUUCUGCAAAACGAAGUCGAGUGGAGAGCUCGUGAUUUUAUUGAACCAAAAAUGGUUCUUAACCUUUGUUUGACUCCUGUGAAUGUUUAUUCAAUUUUUUGUUCUUUCUAAUUUGUAUCAUGAUUCAUUCAAAUUUCUCAUUUCUUCCUCUGAGGCGGCAAUUUUUUUCGACAUUUUCACUAAGCUGUACCUUAAUACUGACUACUGACUUGUUCGCGUCUGCCGUUGAUAAACUCUUGUAUCUGGUUACUGUAGAAUAGCCUAGAUUAUAAAUUUAUUUACA